AUGGAAGUGGGAAACUGCACAAGUGAAUUCCUCCUCCUGGGUCUCUCAGAUGACCCAGCCCUGCAGCCCAUCCUCUUUGGACUGUUCCUGUCCAUCUACCUGGUCACGGUGCUUGGGAACCUGCUCAUCAUCCUGGCUGUCAUUUCUGACUUCCACCUCCACACCCCCAUGUACUUCUUCCUCUCCAACCUGUCCUUCAUUGACAUUUGCUUCAUCUCCAACACAGUCCCAAAAAUGCUGGUGAACAUCCAGGCACAGAGGAAAGACAUCUCCUAUACAGAGUGCCUGACUCAGGCAUAUUUUUUAAAUACUUUUGCUGGAAUGGAGAAUUUCCUCCUGACCAUCAUGGCCUAUGACCGUUUUGUGGCCAUCUGCCACCCCCUCAACUACACAGUCAUAAUGAAUGCCCAGUUUUGUGUCCUCCUGGUACUGCUGUCUUGGAUCAUCAUAUUCUGGGUCUCUCUGAUGGAUAUUCUACUGGUGAAGAAACUGACCUUUUCCCCUGGCACUGAAAUCCCACAGUUCUUCUGUGGAUUGGCUCAGCUUUUCAAGGUGGCCACCUCAGAUAUGCUCAUCAAUAACAUCAUUCUCUAUGUGGGCACCAUACUGCUGGGUGUGUUUCCUAUGACUGGGAUCCUCUUCUCUUACUUUCAGAUUGUCUCCACCUUAUGGAAGAUGUCCUCCUCUGUGGGCAAGUACAAAGCAUUUUCCACCUGUGGGUCUCACCUCUGUGUGGUCUCCUUGUUCUAUGGAACAGGACUUGGGGUUUACCUCAGUUCUUCUGUGACCCAUUCUUCCUUGAGAACCAUUAUUGCCUCAAUGUACACUGUGGUCACCCCCUUGCUGAACCCCUUCAUCUACAGCCUGAGGAACAAGGAUGUGAAGGGGGCUCUGGGAGCACUCCUCAGUAGAGCAGCUCCUGGCCUUUGA